GUUGUGUUGUCCCGGUGGUGGGGUAUGGAGAGUUAGUUGCCAUGGUGAUUCUGCGGCUCAGUCGGGAGCUUUUAUGACGUCACCGUAGCCCCUGUAAGCGGUGACUGUAGGGAUAAUCAUCUGGCUAGUUUAGCAAACGUUUUCUACAAUGCCCCCAUCGCCGUCCUUUCAGAUAAAACACCCGCAAGAAUGACGGGGACUUCGAGAAGUGGAACAUGGAGGCUCUCUCCCGGAGUCUCACCGGCGCAACCGAGCGAGUGAUGGAUUGGUGCCACUGAUGUCAGCUUGUGACUGCAGCAGAGAGCACUCAGCAUGAGUGGAGAGCAUACAGACAUCCUGUCAACCGCAGACGUUGUCAGAGAUAGAUGGAGAGUGGUGAGAAAGAUAGGCGGCGGUGGCUUUGGGGAGGUGUACGAAGUCUUGGACCUGCUGAGCCAGGCCACCGUCGCCAUGAAGGUGGAGUCUGCCACUCACCCCAAACCGGUGCAGAGGACAGAGGCGGCCGUGUUGAGGAAGCUGCAGGGCAAAAAUAAUGUGUGUCGCUUUGUCAGUGCUGGCCGAAAUGAACGCUUCAACUAUGUGGUUAUGGAACUCCAGGGGAGGAACCUGGCAGAUCUGCGCAGAAGUAGGGCCCGUGGUAUAUUCUCAGUCUCAACAACUCUAAGGCUCGGGAAGCAGAUUUUGCACUGUAUCGAAAACAUCCACUCUGUGGGUUUCCUGCACCGGGACAUUAAACCAGCCAACUUUGCAAUGGGAAGACUAGCAAGUACCUGCAGAUGCUGCUACAUGCUUGACUUUGGUCUGGCACGACAGUACAUGACUUCCAACCAUGAAAUCCGUCCCCCUCGGUCUGUGGCUGGCUUCAGAGGAACUGUACGAUAUGCUUCAAUCAAUACUCAUAAAAAUAAGGAAAUCGGCCGUCAUGACGAUCUAUGGUCCCUCUUCUAUGUGUUGGUUGAAUUCAUGUCGGGUCAGCUCCCAUGGAGAAAAUUUAAAGACAAGGAGCAAGUAGGCAAUCUAAAAGAAGCAUAUGACCACCGCCUUAUGCUUAAUCACUUACCAUCUGAGUUUAGCGCAUUCCUGGAUCACAUUCUCAGCCUGGACUACUACACCAAGCCAGACUAUGAGAUGCUGAUGUCACUGUUUGACAGCGCUAUGAAAAGCCACAAUGUGCUGCACAAUGAUCCCUACGACUGGGAGAAAUCUGACUCGGAGGACGUGCUGACCGCAGCUGCGGCACCGCCGACCGGCCAGGAGCUUACCCGCCUCACGCCAGCACACAUGGGCAUGGCUAAUGCUUCAGUGCUACCAGUGGAAUUGCAGAGGGAGAACACAGAGGAUGUCCUCAUGCUCGGGGAGCGCUUCAGCGACGCCGACAACUGCCCCCCUACUCCUGCUGUGUCCGUGCCCACGAGAGGCAUAUGGGAUGAAAUGGAACGCAUUCAAAACCAGAAGCAUGUUGAACCAGUGAUCAGGAAGGUGGCAACUGAGGAAGAGCACAGUCCAAACCAGGCCAACCAAAGCCCUGCUGGCUCGGUACAGAGUUCUCCAAGGCGAGUACGAUCUGAGACCGUAUUCAUGGAACGGGGUGUGCCGCUGCUGCGGAAGAUGCGUCAGAGUCAGAGCUUGGCGUUUGAAAGGAGACUUGCUCCUGAACCCAAGCCUACUCUUGAGCGCUUCCUUGAAUCAUGUCGCGGAAAAACGCCUCCUGUUCUAUCUCACAUUGGAGAGAAAGCCCCGUCAGAUGAACAAUCUGGCACAGGUACCGGUGAUCCAGAGGAAGGUGCAGUCAGCAGUGGUUUUGUCGCCGUCAACAUCAGUCCUGUGGUCCAAGAGGGAGACUCCCAGGAGUGGGUGGUGCUUGAGGUGGAGCAAGGCAGCAAUUCCGUACCCAUUAAGUCUUCUUCAACUGAAGCACAGCGUGAUGACAAAGCGGCGACCCCAAACACCGCCGACAGCGAGAACCAUCCACUGCAGGAGGGCCCAACUGUAGCAGUCAGUCCUGUUCUGUCACAUUGUUCUGUCGGGUCAUGGCUACUUGGCCACAGGAGGCUGCCAGGGAUGCUGGGGCAAAUGCCCUCGGUCACCAUGGGACGACCACAUAUGGAUCAGAUUCAACUAUGGAUACACCGGUAUCGCUUUUCUGAUAAAUCUUCUAGCGGCACACCGCAAUCUCCUGCGCUCGAGAAAAGUGAAACCACACCUCUUGAGGCCCCGUCCAGCAAAUCCGAAGAAAUCCCUGGACAGCUCCCAAAGGAUGGAGGGAAGACUGAUUUGGUCCCUUCAUCGUGCCCGCUCAAAGGUUCAACAACUCUUGCAGCAAAAGACCCAGAGACUGAUUCUGGUUUGCCGGACUGCUCAUCAGAUCUGAACCAGCAGCCUCAAGCGAUUGUUUCGUUCUUCGCUUCUUUAAAGCCCAAAGACUCUCCCUGCUCUCCAAAACUAAGCCGGAUCCCAAGACGGGAUCCCGGCACUCCCCCGGACUCUCCGGGAAGGAACGUCCACCGGGAUAGGCGAAACCGCUGGAGCAGCCCUGUCCACGGCUCGCCCACCCAUUCCCCUUCUCCGUCGCUUUCUUGUGAAAACCUACAGGUCACUCUCCCUCGAGAACGCCUGUCCUCAGAAAAAGGCUCCAGGUCGGACUGUGGAGGGGAAGACCCUCUUUCUCUGUCCUCUUCAUCUGGCAGUAGAAGUAAAAUCCCACGACCCAUGAGCGCCACCUUUGUUCCCGAGCAGCUCGGCGGCAGACUCGUGCCUCAUCCACCUCCUGGGAAACCAUCGGCAGGCCCAUGUGCUGACCACAGGCGGCGGCGGUUGCGAGUACGUGCCAGCAGCACAAGCGAUGCGGACUCCUUGUCCAAUCUAACCCAGCAAGACCAUGGCGGGCUGCUCGUCAACCCGCCACCACCCCGGCCUUGCAACUCCUCCGUUCUGCAACGCUCACUGAGUUGCUCGCCAUCCCGUCAGGAGCCCCGCGACGGUAGGCCACCACCUCUGGGACGUAGCCGCUCUCCGUCUAGCUUCUCUGGGUCUUCUUCAACGCCUCCUCGUCACGGCCCCCUGCAAGCCAGGUCGUCCGGGCAGACUUCAUGGGCCCCAGACUCCAUAGGAAGAGGUUUAAUCAAGGAGGGUAAAGGCUCAAGGAAAUUAAAACGAUGAUUAACAGGCAAAACUGAUGCGGCUCGCAUGUGUAAAUACAGUAUUUGCUUAAGGGAAUGUGUACUGUAUGUAAUGUAAGAAACAAAUGUAUUUAUUUGCUACAUUAGCUCAUAUUGAUUAAUACCUUGAAAUGUUCAAGUGAUUAUGUCCAUACACUUCAGGAAUGUUUGAUGAAAAUGGUUGCAACGUGGUGCUAUCAACUGAGUUUUAGGGAGUUAUGUUGAAAAACCUCAAAAUGCAAAUUAUAUUAUAACCAUGAUAUGCACUUGUUAGAGCUACGAAUUUUAGUAUAUGCGGCACCUACUUCUACUCCAAAAAGGCGACUUGUCUGAAAAUAACAGGAAUUUGAACAGAGCUCAGUAAUAAUUAAAAAAAUAAAAUGAAAAGCAAUAUUUUAAAUCUUUAAACAGUGCAAAAGACUGCAUCAAACUUUAUCCACGUGUGUUUAGUGUCACCCAAAUUAUCAUUGAGUAUAAUUUUGCACGGGUGGAACCUUCUAAAGCCAGCAAGCAGCAUGUUUGCAAGUUUUUUCUCCCCAAUGUAUAGCCUAUGUAAAAAAGGGAAUGUUAACCAUUUUGAGCUUCAAACCACUGAGCAAGUAUAUCCACUUGUUCUUGGAUACACACUGAAUUCAUGUCCAAAAGGAAUUUAAGCUUUUCAAGUAUCAAAAGUAUGUUUUUAUUUGUUAUGUUUUUAUUUGUAAGUUCUAGAACUAGAAGUGUAACUGGUUACAAGAAAGGUUUGGAAUGUUAAAAAUAUUGAAAAUGUACUUAAUUCCGGGAAACAUUGUUUUGGAAUUCCAACAGCUUGGAAGUCUGCAGAUUGUGUUCAACUGUUUUGUUUAUAUUUACAGAUAAAACAGCAAUAGUCUGUUUUUGCUGCAACAUUAUCAAGUCGUAAAUCAGUCAUUUGUAAGGCUUUUAUAUUAUUUUACUGAAUGUGUAUUCCAAUGUUUGACAUGCCCAAUCUGAGACCAAAAAAACUAAACUGUACAAAUACCAAGAGUAAAGUGGUAAGCUUACAUAUGCUUUUAGAUCACUUAAACCCCGUUGGCAAAACCAGGGAAUGUCCACUAUUAAGCAGGAAAACCCUGCUUAGUAGAGAUCACCACAAAUAUCUCUGCAUCAGCAUAUUAGAAUGUACAGGAUUUUAUUCAUGAUUGUAAAUGUGCAUGAGUCAUUUUUUUUUAUUUGUACAAUUAGCAUACAUAUCUGUAUUUUUACAUAGCUGCUUUUGAUUAUGUAAAUACAUAAUUUCCACAAGCCAAAAAAUGUGUCAAUUUUGGUGCGUUUAAUGCCAUUGAUAGAAUAAUAAUCCAAUAAUAGUGAGUUUGAAAAACUUGGUUUUAAUACAAUUAGACAUGUGCCGAUUACCGCUUUCAAGUUAUACCGUGUUAUGGAAACGUCACGGUUUCAAAACCGCAAAAAAAUUCCGUCAUACCGUCCCUAAGGUAUUAGCUAUUUUUUAUGUCUCAAAAACGCAGGGAGAAAUCCCUUGCUUGCAGCUGCAAGGUUUAACACUCACUCACUGGUUGUUCUUUAGUGUCAGUGUGUUAGUUGUGUUACACGAUGGCUGGAGGAGGUGAAACAACAACUUUUUCCCCAUCGAAGAAAACGAAAUCGCUGGUGUGGGAAUACUUGAGCAACGGAAAAGUUACAGAUGGGCGCAGCUUAGAGGAGGAGGGCAAACCGACAUGUGAAACAUGUUUGCGUAGGGUGGCAGCUGAGGAGGCAAUACCUCCAAUAUGAUUUAGCAGUUUUAGAAAAUAAGGUUAGGUAAAGGUUAGUAAACACUGUCAUGAACGUUUCCCACCAGCUACGAGAGUUAAUUUCAGCAUGUUUAGUGUGUCAAGCGGUGCUAAAACAUGUUUUUUUUUCUCUCUAGCAACUGUGUUGAGGAAAAAAAGUGUGUGCAUAAUAUAAACAUGAUAUAAGCCAUACACACGCUUUUUCCAGAAAAUAUUUCACUUAUUUUUGUUCUGAUGGUAAUAAUGUAACACAUUUUAGAGAUGUAAUUGCAAUACCGUAAUAUUUUGGCUUAAGGUUAUCAUACCUUCUGAAUCUCAUACCCGCACAUGCCUAAAUACAGCAAAUGUUUCAGAAUUCACAUACGCUCACAUAUAUAAUAAAGAUUUCUGUUGCUGUUCAGAACGUAUUUUACUAAGAGAACUUUUUUUUU